AUAAGGGGGCGUCGCGCAGCGGGCAGGUAACCUGUGCUGCAGCGGCCGAUUCUCGUCUGCGUGGGAACAUGGUUAACUGGCUGUGCGUGGCACUAGCAGUCGCCACCCUGGUAGCUUGGUACAUAUGGCGCAAAAAGAAAUUCUCCUACCUCGCGAAGAUUGGUGUGCCUGGCCCUGAACCGAGCUUCAUAUUUGGAAACCUCCUGGACAUCAAAAGACGGGGUGCCACAGCAUGCUUUGGAGAAUGGAUAAAGAAAUACGGAAGUAUUUGCGGGUUUUACAACGGAGCCAUCCCCUUUCUUCUCGUCGCUGACGUAGACCUGCUGAAGAAGGUGGAACUUGAAGACUCCCACGAAUUCAUGGAACGAGGGAAUGUCUUCGAGAUCGAGCCAUUGCCCGAUUUUCGUCACAAGAUGAUCAUCACUGCCCCCGUGAGUCGCUGGCGGGCGAUGAGGGCGGUGCUCAGUCCGGCCUUCACCACUAACAAGUUGUCGAAGAUCUUCGUCAUCAUGGACAAGUGCAGUGACACCAUGAUGGAAAAGCUCGAAGAGAAGUGGACAGGCAGCCCAUCCGUGGAGAUGACAUCGGUCUUCCGACGAGCCACCAUCGACACCAUGUUCAAGGCGGGCUACGGUGUCGACCUCAAGGUUCAAGAUAGCCCGCCCGGGGGAUUCUUCGACGAGCUGGGCACGGGCGCGGAGCAGCUGUUGCGCACCGUGCCCAUCUGCGGCGUCAGCUUCCUCGCCAACUGCUUCCCGGAGUUCUACCACUUCUGGUACUUGCUAUCUUGGCUGACGUCCCGGCUCGCGAUGCCCUUCUUCAUGCUGACUACUUUGCUCAUCAGCCCGGUCUUGAAUGAAAGGAAGGCACUGAAUUUGCGUGAAAAGGCCGACGUGUUGCAACUGCUGCUGAAUAAGGAGAGCAGGGGGCAGCUAUCCCUACACGAAGACCACGGUUUUGACGGACAAACAAAGCUAGCGCUAACCAAGGACGAAGUCGUGGCGAACUCUGCAUUUUACCUCAUUGCUGGUAUGGAAGCUACCCCCAACACAAUGGGCAUGACUCUGCACAUCGUUGCACGCCACCCAGAGGUCCAGGACAAACUCCGUGCGGAGGUACUGCGUAUCCUCAAGAGAGAUGGCACGUUUACGCAAAAGAACGUCUCGGAAAUGCGCUACCUGGACAUGGUUUUGAAGGAAAGCAUGCGAUUCUACCCUGGAGUAGUGGGUUUCGUGAGUCGACAACCUGAAAGGGACUACGAAUUUAAUGGCAUGAGAAUCCCGAGAGGCCUCAGCAUCAUGGCAGCAGUGUCCUGCAUCCACCAGGACCCAGAACUGUGGCCGGAGCCAGACAAGUUUGACCCCGAAAGGUUCAACCCGGAGAACAAACCGAACAUCCACCCGAUCAGUUUCCAGCCGUUCGGAAAAGGCCCCAGGGCAUGUCUGGGGCGAAAUUUCGCUCUCCUCGAGAUGAAGCUUAUUCUGUGUAAAGUUCUCGCCAGAUUCAAGCUUUCCGUGGAUGAGGAGCACCACGAGAAUGGGCUUCAGCUGAGCUCUGCUUUCAUUGCUUCUUUCGUCCCAAAUGGAGUCUGGAUGAAGCUGGAGAAGUCAGAAGUGUGUUCAGAAGACCUGUGAUUAGCUUUAUUCUAUUUAGUUGUCAUUAGAGCCCGUGCCAUAGUUUCGAUUAGUUUUGUUUGGUCUAGAUUGCUGUGUAUCCUUGUUUCUUUCACGUUAUGUAUAUUGUAGCUUGGUUUUGCUCGUACCUCCUUUUUUUUUGUACUUUGCUUUGGUGUUGUACCCUUCUAUUGUGUUGUAGUUUGCUUUUGUUUUGGAGCUUGCUUCAGUUUAUAUCUGGCUAACCUUGCUUUUUUUUUAUUACUUGUCGCGGACUGCCGGGUACAGCCCUACAAGUCUUCAUGGCUUGGGCUCACCGGUUUUUGAAUUUGUACUGCAUUCAUGAAAUAAAGUAUAUUAUUAUUAUUAUUA